CUCCCAAGUGCUGGGAUUAAAGGCGUGCGCCACCACUGCCCGGCGCUUUAUAGAAUUUUUAAGUAGACAGAAUGAGUUAAUCCCUGGAAACCACUUUUAAAAAAAAAAAAAAAAAAAGCAGAAUUCUGCAAGUGGUACACUAGGAGACUGGAGUAUUUGGUUGCUGGUUGCUUGGUUUAGUUUGAUUGGUGGGUUGGUUUUUAAAGCUGGGUCUCAGGUAUCUCAGGCUGACCUCACACUAUGUAACUGAGGCUGGUUAAGCCUCCUGACACAGGUGCUGGGAACUGAGUCUGGGUCCGUACAAGAGCGGUGCACGUUCUUAGUCACUGAACCAUUCCUUGCCCCACAGCAUCCUCAUUCUUUGACCACUGGAGCAUCCGAAAGUGCCAGUUUGCAGGCGUGAGCAUGGGCAUCCCUGCCUCCCCCUAAGUCCCGGGUACCAUUCAUGCUUUCACAUAAAGUAUGGCAUGCUUAGGCCUGGCCACUCGUCCCUCCUGUUUGCUAAGGCAUUCAUGGCACACCAGCUGAGACCCAGCUGCAGAGGUGGCCUUGUGCUCUCACACCAGACCCUGCUGGUUACUGGCCUCUAAUUUUACUUUCUGUGAAACCUGGGUUUUGGUUCUGGGCUACACUGACCUCAUAGUGAUCUAGUAUGUGUAAAUUUGGGGUUAUUUCUUGAUAGCAUUUACCAGGAAUCUACUACCAAGUCUAAAAUUUGGGGCUAUUUCCUGGAAAAUGCAAUUUCUUGAGGAGAUGUAGGGUUGUUUGUUUUUGUUUAUUUGAAUCUUUAAAGAUAUGUCCAUUUGGUUGCCAGGCAAUGGUGGUGCACACCUUUAGUCUCAGCACUCAAGAGGCAGAAGCAGGCGGAUCUCUGACAGUCAGGACUACACAGAGAACCCUGUCUUAGAAAACAAUAGUAAGAAAUAAUGUCCAUUUGACACAAGGUAUUGAGUGAGUCUCAGAGUCCCACAUGUGAAGUGUAUUCGACACCUCUCUCUAAGUCUAGUCAUUCCAGAGUAAUUUACUUAAAAAAAAUACUUUCCUGGACAGGGCUUAUAGCUCAGGGGUAGAGCAUUUUCCUUGAUAUGUGGGCCUCGGGUUCAAUCCCUGGCAUUGGUAGAAAUGAAAACAAAAACGGAAAACUUUUCAGAGGGCUCAGUGGUUAAAAGUAUGUCUGUGCACUUCCCGAAAACUAGGGUUCCAUUCCCAGGACACACUUGGCAGCUCACGACUGUCUGGAACUCCAAUUCUAAGGGCUCCAAAAGCACUAGAUACACAUGUAAUACAUGCAUGUACUACACAUGCAUGUAGGCAGGACACCAACACUUAUUAAAUAUGGUAAUAAUUUAAUAUUAUGGUAAUAAUAUGGUCUACAGAGUGAAUUCCAGGACAUCUGGGGAUACACAGAGAAACCCUGUCUUGGGGUAGGGAGGAGGCACUUUAAUAGAAGGGUAAGAGGAGAAGGGUAUCCCCAUAAGUGGAAGCCCAGCAUGGGAGAGGAGAGAAUGGGCCAUGAGGCUAGGCUGGUUACUGGACACAUAAAGAAAAGCCAUAAGGAGAAAGGAAGUCACCAAGACAGAAAGCUUUUGGGCAAUGUUAGACUGCAGGAGUAGCCCUGUGUCUCAGUUGGAGUCUAUAGCUACGAAGGGACACCAUGGCAAGUGGAUGUGUCUUAGUUAGGGUCUCCGUUGCUCUGAAGAGACACCAUGGCCACUGCAACUGUUACAAAGGAAAGCAUUUAAUGAUUGCAGGUGGUUUACAGUUGCGAGGUUUAGUUCAUUGUCCUCAUGGUGGGAAGCAUGGUGGCAUGCAGGCUGACAUGAUCUGGAGAGGAGCCAAGAGUUCUGCGUCCAGAUCAGCAGGCGGCAGGAAGAGUGAGCCACAGUCCACCCCCAGUGACACUUCCUCCAACAAGGACACACCUCCCAAUAGUGCCGCUCCCUAUAAGCCUAUGGGGCUGUUUUUACUGAAGCCACCACACUCUGUGAACUUUAGUUUCCAGCAGGUGUAUGCGUGUGUGUGUGUGCAGGCAGACGGGUGUAGACCUGACUAAAAGUGUAAGUGUGGAGUGUGAGGGAGAAGCCAGGGUGCCUGUAUACUCCCAGCUGUGUCCAUCAGAGGGGACAGCAGUGUCACACAGCCUCUAGUUGCGUGUUCCAGGGCUCCCAGAGGAGGCUGUCUGCAGGACUGUGCUGGAGGAAGACAUGGCUGAGGCCGCUGUGGACAUGGAAAGGUGCUGAGACCCAUAGCACUCCAGCAUGAACUUCUGCUGGCCCUACUGCCAAUAGCUCGUGGAUUGCCCUAGGAAGACGUGUCUGUAUAAAACUAAUAAAAUGGUGGUGGAUAAAGGAGCAGGAAUCAGGGUGCCUCCCUAGGUCCCUGCGACGUAGUAAGACAGAGGCCUUUGAACUGGAGUGUCCCUCCCUGUAUAGCCAGAGUAUGGCCCAGCAUGCUGUGUAUUCAGCAGCCCCACUUUCCUGUGCCCACAUGGUUUGUGCUAUCUUGGAAGCGUGCCUUUACAUCCCUAGCUGCUUUUCCUGGUGCAGGGUGUGUGGUGGGAGUUGGUCCUCACCCUGGAGCUGCAGGAGCCCAUGUAACCUCAUUAGAGCAGAAGUCACUGGGGCUCGGUGGCUCUGGGUCAGAUGCUGCCAUCGCUCUCAUCUCUCAGGAAAUUGAAAGGAUGGGAGCUGUGUCCCCGGGGAGCAGAGGACCGAGACCACGAGAUGCGUUCAUUGUGCUCUCAGCAGGACAGAAGCACAGGGCACACCGUGCAGUGUGGGUUGGCCUGUCCUUGCCCAGUCUUUCCACUUUCAGGAGGCUGAGUCAACAGCCGUGUGACCUUCCCUAGGUCCCCAGCAAAGUGGCAAAGGUGACAUUUGUCUGGGUGUGUGCUGCCGUUGUCCAGUGUUCUUGUGUUCCUGUUUAACAGAAGCUGCCCAAGAGCACAGCACACUCUUCAAUAACAAUUCAACAAAUGGCCAUUUUUACUUUGGAGAAAUUCUGACUUGAGGUUUAGAUUCCCUUUUAAUAAUCUCAACCAGCAGGCACCUUAUAUUCUCCAGGGAGAUUCACUCACCAUUGUAAGAGAUUCAAUUAUCUAAAUCCUGCAUGCACAGAUCCUGGCCUGAGUGCAGAUUGAUGCGCAUCACAAACCCCAGCUCAGUCCAUCAGUUUUCUUGUUUUUCCUGACGCUAUUCUGCCACGUGGAUUCUGCCUCAUGCCAGGCCCUGCUCCAGCACUUGCCAGAAGUUCAUGUUUAACCCAAGUGUCUUACUGGAUCCUUCUGACUUUUGUUAGGGCUAUGAUACCUACCAGAUUUGUCUUGGCGAGGUCCUCUGCUGUGUUGGGUGUUUCAGAGUGGGCUGCCCUCAAGCCCAGCCAGCUCCAUGCACUGCAAGCAUCUUCUCGACUGCUCUCUUUGGGCAUUCAGGACCGCGCUAAGCACCGGGAGGCCCCUGGAAAGAAGCCACUGUCAGAGAAAAAACUGAAAAGACAUUUUGUGGAUCGUCGGAGAGUGCUGGUCCGUGGAGGAAACGGAGGCUCCGGCAUAAGCUGUUUCCACAGUGAGCCCCGCAAGGAGUUCGGAGGCCCUGAUGGCGGGGAUGGAGGAAAUGGUGGCCAUAUCAUCCUGAGAGUUGACCGGCAAGUGAAGUCCUUGUCCUCAGUCUUGUCCCGGUAUCAGGGUUUCAGUGGAGAAGAUGGUGGCAGCAAAAACUGCUCUGGACGAGGUGGUGCCAUCCUCUACAUCCAGGUUCCUGUGGGUACCUUGGUGAAAGAGGGAGGUGAGGUUGUGGCUGACCUGUCUCACCCAGGGGAUGAGUACGUCGCUGCACUGGGGGGUGCAGGAGGAAAAGGAAAUCGCUUUUUUCUGGCCAAUGACAACCGUGCCCCUGUAACUUGCACCCCUGGACAACCGGGUCAGGAGCGGGUCCUCUACCUGGAACUGAAGACAGUGGCGCAUGCUGGGAUGGUUGGCUUCCCCAAUGCUGGGAAAUCAUCUCUCCUUCGAGCCAUUUCAAAUGCAAAGCCUGCUGUGGCUUCCUACCCAUUCACCACCUUGAACCCUCACGUGGGGAUCGUUCACUAUGAAGGCCACCAACAGGUAGCAGUGGCCGACAUCCCGGGCAUCAUCCGAGGCGCACACCAGAACAAGGGCCUAGGGCUCAGCUUCCUCAGGCAUAUUGAGCGAUGUCGCUUCUUCCUGUUUGUGGUAGAUCUUUCCUUACCUGAGCCAUGGACUCAAGUUGAUGAUUUAAAAUAUGAACUAGAGAAGUAUGAAGAAGGCCUGUCUGAGAGGUCCCAUGUGAUCAUCGCAAAUAAGAUUGAUAUCCCGCAGGCCAGAGCUCACCUGCCCCAGCUCCAGGCCCGCCUCGGGCAGGAGGUCAUCGCCUUGUCAGCACUGACUGGAGAGAACCUCGAGCAGCUGCUUCUGCACCUCAAGGCCCUGCACGAUGCCCACAUGGAGGCUGAGUUGGAGCAGGGCCGCCAGCCUCUCAGGUGGUAGUGGGCCCAGGGCUGCAUGCCCUGCCUGGGCCAGCAUGGGGCAGGAGUGGCCGGCAGUCACAGGAAGCAAACGCAAGCGUGUUGUAAAAUGUGGGCAGCUUUUAGCACCUGAGAGAAAGUACUUGCAAAUAUUUGAGUGUGUCAAUGUCUUUGUU